AUGUCCUCGCGCAGGAUGGCGGCCAUCCGUGCUCUGGUGGCGUCCAGGCUGGCGGUGACCGCCGCCUUCGCGCCGCGCCCCGGCCUGCGUGCGCUGCCGUUCGGCGGACCGGCGCCGUCCCCGCGCGCGGCCCUCCACGCCUCCGCGCCGCGCCCCGUGGCCAGGGUCGCAGUGGUGCUGUCCGGAUGCGGGGUCUACGACGGGACGGAGCUCCACGAGGCCUCAUCGAUACUGGUUCACCUGAGCCGUGCGGGGGCCGAGGUCCAGAUCUUUGCACCUGACAUCCCUCAGAUGCACGUGAUUGACCACACCAAGGGGCAGCCUUCUGAGGGCGAAACCAGGAAUGUUCUGACUGAGUCCGCGAGGAUCGCCCGCGGCAAGAUCACCGACCUGGCCAAACUCAGCGCUGCUAACCAUGACGCGGCCGUCUUCCCCGGGGGCUUCGGAGCCGCCAAAAACCUGAGCACGUUCGCCGUGGACGGGGGCGACUGCAAGGUGAAUAAAGACGUGGAGCGCGUCCUGAAGGAGUUCCACCAGGCCGGGAAGCCCAUUGGCUUGUGCUGCAUCGCUCCCGUCCUCGCGGCCAAAGUGCUCGGAAGUGUCGAGGUCACCGUGGGCCACGAGCAGGAGGAAGGCGGCAGGUGGCCGCACGCCGGGACCGCGCAGGUCAUCAAAGCCCUGGGUGCCAAGCACUGUGUGACGGGAGUGACCGAGGCUCACGUGGACCAGAAGAACAAGGUGGUCACGACCGCGGCCUUCAUGUGCGACACCACCUUCCACCACGUUCACGACGGGCUCGGGGCCAUGGCCCCCAGCACAUGGGAUUGAUGUCUUAGGGGGCCCCUUGGGCCUGCAGGAGAACGUCCCAGACCAGGCACAUCCGGACCUGAGGACCUGACCACCUUGGCAGGCAGCUCUUCUCAGGGUCCCUCCGGGAGAGACUGACCAGGUCGGUGAGGACAGAAGCUGUUGGCUGUCCUGGCUCGGGGCCUCGCCUCCCCUCCCCUGCCCCUUCCUGGUCCGUCCUGUUCCCUGGCCCGUUUCCAUGCAUCCCAUUUAUGCUUUUCUGCUGGGGGGCGGGCGGGGAGGAGUGACCAACACCCUAAUCCACCUCCUGCUGUGGGAGACAUGGAUGUGGCUUGAAGGAAGAUGGACGGGGGAGUGUGGCCAGUGUCUCCCUGACCCCACAUGCAUUGAGCUUGACCACAUGACUUGCUUUGGCCAGUGGAUGUAGGCAUGUCUGAGCCAAAAUAGACCACGUGUUCAGUUCUUCCCCUCUUGCUCUCUCGUCCAUGGUGACAACAAAGGUCCCAGGAGAUCCUGGAACAAGCAGUCACUUGGAGCCAGCCAAGCCCUCUGCUUCAGUGGACUCAGUCCUCACAUAAUGUAGUGUAAGCCUCUGAGCUGCUGGGGAUGUUUGUUACUGCAGCAAACGCUGACUACUACAACAACCCAAAGGCAAGAAUAGCUAACAGUAGAAUUUGAGAUAUGCCAAAUUUAUUUUGAAAGAGGAUACCAACGUGUCACAUGACAGAGGCCAUGAAAUAUAUGAGGAGGACACAGUACUUAGUGACAUGGCAGGGGGUGGUGAGCAGGGGGGACCCAGAAUCCAAACUCAAGUGACCAGUGAAAACACACGAGAGGUGGUUCUGGGGAUGACAUAUCAUCUGAUCCUGGCCAGGAGGGAGUUCCAAGGGGCAGGGCUGGAGACGGAGAAAUGUUCUCUGUCUCGCCUGUGACCCUGAUGGCCUUCAUGUGUACGAGGCUGCUCCUCCUCCUUCUGGGAACAGGGCUGAUCCAUGCCCCAGCCUCCCACACGGUCAGGUGUGGGUCUGAGUGCAAGCUGGUGGCAUUCAGGUAGAAGUGAUGUGUCACCCCCAGGCCUGGCCUUAAAGCCCUCCCCCGCCUGAGCCCCCAACUCCUCCUAGUCCAGUCUGGGUGGGAGGAGGGCGGAGCCAUGAGAGGGGAGGAGCCUGGGACCCCCAGGGGCUGCGUGGAGCAGAGGUCCUGGACUGGACUCUGACCAGGUUAGAUGCAAACUUGCCUUGAGUUAAACCACAGGCACCCACUUGCCCGGGGACGGGAGACCUGCCUUGGCCAUAGGAUGAGCCUGGGGGUGUGGGGCAGAGUGAGGUGCAGCCCCCCACCCCGCCGCAGCAGGUGGCCGCCUCCUGUGUCUGCAGGUCCACUUGGGCCCCACCUGCAGCUAGCACGCUCUUCUGCAGGCACCCACCUCUCACCUUCCGUGAGCCCCUCGGUCCCCGAUGGCUCAUGGGAUGACAUUUGGGUGCUGAGGCUGACCCGGCUGUCCACGGGGCUGCCGCUCACCUGCCCCUGGGUGUCCAGUGCUGCCCCGCCCAUGCCCCCACCGACGUGGUGUCAGGCGGCCUCCAGACCCCUUCCCAGCCGGCACUGCCCCUCCCCCCCUUUCCCAGACCAGUGUCCUUCACAGGCCCCUAAAGGAGUCUUAAGAAAUUCUGUGGCCCCCAGUACAUUUUUAAGUUAACAACUGAGGAAACAGACAAAGACCAUCCAAAGCAAAGGCUCUUUAUUCAGUGUGCUGGGCGGGGACUCGCGGGCAGGCAGCGGAGGGGGAGGCCUGGUGCUGGGAAGGGCGGGUAGCGGAGCCUAGGGAGGCCGAGGGCGUGGGGGGCAGGGGGCGUCCAGGAGCUGCGCGGCUGCUCCAGAGCACAGCCGGCUCCCUCCCGUCGGUCCUGAGUUGGGAGCAGGGAGAGAAAUUAGGGAAGCUGGCGGUCACAGGCCAAGUCUUAUCCGUGCUCAGCUGAUUUUUACUGGUUGUUGUCUGGCUUCCUGGACUGGCAGAUGACCGCGGUCUGGCCUUGAGCCGCUGUGACUCACAGGCCCGUCCCAGCUGGUCCUGGAGAUGGUGGUUUGGCCGCCCGGGCAGGUGGCUGCAGGCUGUGGGUCAGAGUUCCAUCUUUCAUGUUGUCUGGCCAUGGCCCAUGGGUAAAUUCAGUCUCUAACAACCAAAAUUUCUCCUCCUAAGUUUAAGUGGUAGCAUCGGACAUAUUGUAGAAACCAACACUGAGACAAUAACUCUGAGGGCAUUCUUUUAACUGUGUGCCAGCGUGUGUUGCGUGGGCCAAGAUGAGGGUCGCUCAGAACUAACUUCCUCAAUGAGUCGUGAACACGGAGAGUCAACGUGCUUUGUCCUGUCACCGUGUUUCAGCAACGCAAUGUCAUGCGUGGCUAAAGGGUGGGCUCUCUGUGAAGCGGGGGGCUGCCCCUACCUCCUGGUGAGGGGUGUGUGUGUGUGAGGCUCGCGUGUGAGCCCGUGAGUGAGCGUGCGUGUGCGUGCAUGUGUGUGUGUGCUGGGGCUGAACUGGACUCCGUGCUCAUCAGUUAUCAAAGAAGAAUCCGGUGUGAAUGAGGUAGCAUGACUGACCCCAUCAGCCCAGAGGUCAGCUUUCCCAUGUUUUCAGCAGACGAGGGGGCAGGUGUCACCUCUUGUGGGGGGGGACCCGGCUGGGAAACAGCUUGCUUCUUCCAGACAGGGAAACGCUACUUCUGCCCGGGGUGGGGUGAAGACGCGGCCGUGCAGGAAGCUGUCCCACCCACUCACAGGUCAGAGCCUUGCCCGAACCAUCGGUGUCUGGGUGCUUUUCCUCCCCCCGUGUCACACCCUCAGAGGGGUGUUGGAAUUAGCCGAGAAGGUGGGCACCUCUGAGCUUGGAGGGUCAGUGUUGGAGUCCCCCAGGGGCUGGCUCCCUGACCAGAGUUGGGGGGCCCGGAGCAUCGCCUCCCCUCCUGCCCCCUCACUCGGGGUCGCCCCAGAACCCCUGGGGACGUGUGCAGGCCACCAGGGAUGCCGGGGCAGGGCCCCCUGUGAGCUGACUCCGGAAGGGAACACAGGCAUGUUGAAGCUCCGGCACCUGGUCCCCUCCUUGUGUCCCCAGGAAAGAGUUCGGCACUUCUGUGCCCCCAGUUUGAAGGCCACCGGCCUAGAGAGCCCCCUCUGUCCUGGCCCCUCGUCCCCCGGGGUUCACCUGGCCCUGGGUACAAGCUCCUCCGCUGCACGGUCACACGUAUCUCGGUGCAUCACAUGUAGGCACAUCUCCUCCGACUGCCAGCGUCCUGGGAGAAGGGGGACAUAGCAUUCAUUAUUUUUUGUAAUUGAAGAAAUAUUAUUUUAUAAUAACUGCACUUCGUAAAACAAAUAAAUCUGGAAUGUACAAGACACUCUCUGUUCCCACCCCUCCCCCUCUGGGGCUGGCCCACUGAGAUGACCAUGUCGAACUCUUCUCUGAGGGUCAUCUCUGCUGUUCUGUGUACUCUUUUCACUGUCAAAUACUUCCCUAUUUAACUGGAAAGCUUUGCUGCAAACUUUGCACAAAACCUAGUUGAGGUGCCCUGAAUCGUGGUCCCCCAGAGGGGUUCUCACAUCUUAAUCUCCGGAACCUGUGACGAUGUCACCUAGCAGGCUAAAAGGGGCUUCGCAGAUGGGAUUAAAUUAAGGUUCUGGAAACAGGAGAUUAUCCUUAUCAGGAGGCGGAAAGGUCAGAGAGAGAAGUGAUGAUGGAAACAGACCAGAGAGGGCAGAAAACGUGAUGCUGCAUCUUUCAAGAUGGAGAAGGAAGCCACAAGCCAAGGAUAGGUAGGCGCCUCCGGGAGCUGGAAAAGGCAGGAAAUGACCCUACCCUGUGCCCUACCCCCGCCGAAGGAAUGCAGCCUCCACACAUCCAUCCAGCCCACUGAGGUUGACUCCUGACCUCUGUAUCUGCAAGACAGUAAAUUCGUGUUGUCUUAAGCCACACUCAGUGGCGGCAAUUUAUUCGGAAACUAAUACACUCUUGUUAUCAAAAUACCCAUAAAACAUCCUUAAGCAGCAUGAUUGAAGACAUUUGUGUAGUGGUUACAGAAACUGGCAUAACAAGACUUCACUUAAGAAAAGCCAAAUUAAAAAUGAGACAUAAUUGUUUAAUAAUGAUAAACAGCUGCAAGUACAUCUUAACAAAUGUGGUGGCCUCGGUCCAGAGCCUUGACACUGAUGUUUAUUUUGCCACUUAAAAGAGUCAGAUGACUUUCAUCUUAGUUGCAUUAUUAGCGAAGUUUCAGCAUUGUGUUCUCGCUAGUGGCCGCAGCACAACACAUCUAUCCAGAGCCCGGCAGCUGGCUUCCAAGUGUCCAAGGAAAACAGGCUCCAGCUGGCUUCUGCUGUGGAAGCCUGGUCACUCCAGGAACCAACUGAGGCCCAGUGGGGGUGGGCGAGUUGGAAGGGGGACCAGCCCCACUUUCCCUCCCAUCUGCCCCCACACCACUGGGGUUUGGGGAGCCCCUAGAAUGAAACCAGCUCGACGCAGGCUGUUUUGCACCCUGCGUCUGAACCACUGGGGUCGACCCCUCGAAGAGGCACCCAGAUCUGUCACAUUGUCAUUCUCUCCAAGACCCCCGUCAUCGAGGGGCUCCUCAGGACGGGCCAGCUUCCCACUCACAGCUGCGAGUGAUUUGACCAGCACCAAGGGCCGAGGCUGUUUAUGAGACGGGACAAAAUAAACAAAAGUUCUGCUUUGUUGUGUUUUUUUUUUUCUGAAUGUGAAAUUCCUUUGGAAUGCUGUUGUUUGUGGUAAGACUGGGUCUAAUUGUUACCAUUCCUGCUGCUUCUUACAAGAAAAUAAAAUUAAUCUAUGUUGGUUCCUAAAACAAAUAUUAAAAUCCCACAUAGACAGUUGAGAAAGAAGAUGUUCCCACACCAGGUCUGGGGCAGAGUGUUAUUUUGUGUGAUGCCUUUUGGAUCCCUUCUAGGGAGAGCCUGGCACUCCUGACAACAUGCUUGAGCAUGUCUCCGAGUGAUUUUGAUGGGCUGGAGACCCCUCUCUGAGAAGUUAGAUUUACUCCACCCGAAUCACUGGUCUGCCCGGGAACCAGAGGACCCUGAGCUUUGUGGGACGCUUUUACGUAUAUAUUUAUUUAAAACUUAGUCUAAGAGCAAUCAUCCAACCAUCUUUUUUCUUUUCUCUAAAAUACCUCUGUCAAGAAGAAUCCAUGUACAAGCUUUUAUGGAACUGGUUCUCUUCCUGGACAAAUAGAAAUAAAACUUUGCCACGUGCUCCUUCACUGGGGAAGUAGUGUAAACGCCUUAUUUGUGGCCUGAGACAGUCAAUGUCAUUUUUUUUCAUGGUAUGACUCUUCGACUACAGGGACCCCAGAGGGUCAGCCAUGGCAUAGCCCAUUCUCCCAGUCAGCAGGAUGGGGAGGGGAGGGCAGUGGGGAAGGGGUUGUCACAGCAGAGAGGGAAACCCAGGUCCAUACUGCUACUUCUCGGCUUACAAUUUUUAGACUGAUUUGUUGGCUUCUUGUUGUGAAUGAUUAUAUUUUAGCCCUUCUGCACCCUAAUUUCUCCUCCUUAUCCUCUCAAUGUCAUGAUUUUAAAUCAAUAAAUAGUGUUUAUGUUAUUUUGAUUGAAAAUAGUGCUUCUAGCAAAGGCCAGUGGUAUACUAUGAUUACACUUCUUUUCUGAUACUGCUCUAUGUCUUUCCUGGCCUUUCUACAUGCCUUUGUUUUUUUCCUUACACUGUUUUAAUCAUAUCCUCAUUUUUUUUCAA